UCCCUUCCUGUAGUUACAGUUGCUGCUGCACAACCGUGUCAACCAAGUCAAUUGCCGCCUCCAGCCAAUGGAUUGACUCCAAUGCUUAGUGGCUUGCCUUCUGUACCUCCUGUCUCUCUUGCUUCUGCUCACACAGGGGCCUCAACCACUCCUACGGCCACCAUUGUAUCGACAUCUGUCGAGUGUGUCGAGCCGGUUGUCAGCACGUCUGUAAUAGGAAUGGCUAAUUUAGAUUCUACGACAACAGCAGCAGCUGCAGCAGCGGCCAGGUCUGCACUUAUAUUACAACAAAUGUUGCAGGGCCUAAAUCUAUCAACCCCCAAUGCAGGCACGGCUACUGCACCAUCGACCUCUCAACCACAGCAAACACAACAACUACAACAGUCUCAGCAGCCGCUACAACUGCCACUAUCAUCACAGCAAAUACAGGCUACUCCGGUACCUUCUACCACCUCCCAGGCUGCGUGUAUUUCACCCUACCUAUCGAACAACACAGCUACUCUUUUCCAAUCACAGCUUAAGGAUCUCCUAAUUUAUUGA